UCCAUUUUGCAAUCCUUUUGAAAUCUGCACCACGUUACACGGUGUGGUGCAGCAGGAGCCCCAAAUCUUCCCAAAUCGGUAAAAUACUGCGUGGUUCGUCGUCGUCGAGCACACGAACACACUCUGCAAGUGCAAUCUUUCUGCGCGUGAAACAGUCAACACGUUAUACAAAAGGCUACCCUUUCUGCCAUUCAUCGUCUGGCCCAUCCAGAGAACAUUGCGUGCGUAGCCGCCUCUUCUGCCCCCCCGUGUGUUCCUCCAGCAUAGCCAGUGCGGAAUAACCGUGAAAGGUAAACACGACGUGGUGGUUGGUGUAUAGUUAAGGAGGAACUUAGUGAAGGAAACGAAACUGUUUUAUUGAGCAGGCAAAACACAAGCAGAGCACUCAAAUAUCCACCAACGGGAGGAACCUCAUACUUAAGCAAACGCUACAUACUACUGCCCCGGCUGUAGUGUGCCGUACUGAAGAGACUGCCCGCUGAUAGGUGUUCCUUGAACCGUCCAGAAUUAUCACAGCCACUAGCCCAAACAAAACAAAAACUGCCCUUCCAAAGCUCUUCCCUCUAGUUAGGCCAAAACAAGUGCACGAACCACCACUACCAGGGCCCGUAUAGCAGGAGGUUCGUGUGUUUCGGGAAGCGAGUUUUGCAACCUGGAGCAGGGUGUGGUACAGUUUGGUACGCAAGCGAAUAGCCGGUUCAUAAGAGGGAGCGGACGUUACGCACCAUUACCAGCAUGGCAACCGAUAGUGGCGAUGUCGCCACCGCGCUGGCUCAACAACAACCUGCGGUGGCGGAAAAGCGCCAGGAGGAGGAUAACAACAACAGGAUCGAGCUGCUGGUAGCGGAACCGCUGGCAAAGCUCACGAUAAACGGCACCAGCGCCUCCGACGUACCGGCCGGUGGAGAGGAAAGUGAAACGGCUGAAAACCAGCUGAACAAUAACAGCACGACCGGCGGCGACGGUAGCGCAGGUGGUGCGACGACCGGUAACAACAAUGCGUCCGAACCGGCCACCCCAACCACACCGACCGGUGGUCCACUGUCGAUCGGCAAACGGAUCCGGCGCACGUCGGAAAAGCUGAACGAGGAUGCGGUUAGCGGCGGGCGCAAAAAGUAUUCGCUCGAUAUGUUGAUGUCGUUGAAGGAUUCGGCGAUUGGGCGUGAAAAGCCGACCACGAUACCGGACGUGUGCAAAUCGCUGCUCAAAUCCAGCCCGGGCACGUUUGUGUCGUCCGGGCGCCAUAUGGGUGGUAGGGGUGGUGGUGGUGGUGUAAACAUCGGCGGCCAGGAUAACAGUCUGCUGCCCUCGUUCAUGAAGGGUAUGGGAUUCGGUGGACCGCCCGGUGCGGGCGAAGGAGCGGACGGCGCGAGAAGUGGCCGUCCGCCCGUGAACCGUAACCCUUACCGUGGGCGACUGUCGGCGAAGGAGAUGUCGACCCGCACGGCAGGCGGACCGGGCGACCGGGACGAUGCGGACGGGCAGAUGAUCAAGGUAAAUCUAAACAUCACCGAGGAGGUAAAGCUGAAGGGUUCGGCCAACGCCUGGAAACCCUCGUUCAUGAUGCCGAAGGCCGAGGUGGACGAGGAGACACAGAAAACGAUGCAGCUGUCGCGCGAGUUCCGCAGCGCACUGAACAAACUGACGCCGGAAAACUUUAACGUGCUGAAGGACCAGAUCAAGCAGCUCAAGAUUGACACCGAGGAGCGGUUGGGCAACUGCAUAAAGAUACUGUUCGAGAAGGCGAUCAUGGAGCCGAACUUUUCCGACACGUACGCGCAGCUGUGCAAGGAGCUCGGCAAGGAGAUUAUGGUGAAGGCGAACGAAUCGGACACGGUGCUGAACCUGAAGCGGCAGCUCAUCUCCCAGUGUCAGGUGGAGUUUGAGAAGCAUCGCUCGGAGUGCAAAACGAACACGCGGCUGCAGGAGGAAAACGACAAGCGCACGGAGCAGGGCGAACAGACGGCGGAACAGACGGAGGAGAUGAAGCAGGAGCUGGAGGAGCAGACGAACCGCAUCCGGAGGCGUGCCCUCGGCACGAUCCGCUUCAUCGGUGCGCUCUUCAAGCAGGAACAGCUCAGCUCGAACAUUAUGCUCAAGUGCGUCAGCCAGCUGCUACAGGACAGCAUGCUGGACGAGGAAUCGCUCGAGUGUGUGUGCAAGCUGCUGACGACGAUUGGGGCGCUGAUGGAGGAUUCGCAGGGCUGCACACUGCAGGACUGUUUCGAUAAGUUGCAGCAAAUUUCGGAACGCAAAAUUUUGCUCCCGAACGGUGAACCGGUGUGCAACCGCAUCCGGUUCAUGAUCAUGGACCUGCUCGACCUGCGCAAGGACAAGUGGCGAGGGAAGCGUGCGCAGGUCGCACCGAAAACGAGAGAACAGAUCCAGCGCGAGGUCGAGGCGGAGGAGAACAAGAACUGGAUGCUCAACUACAAACUGCCGCGUGGCGGUGGUGGUGGUGGUGGUGGUGGUGGCGGCGGCAGUGGGGGUGGUGGCGGCGGUGGUGGAAGUGCAUCGAAAAACAAGCGAAUGGUGGACAAGGACGGAUUCGUGCUGCCGGUCAACAAUCGCAACAACAACGCCUGGACCAUGCCAUCGAUUGACCCGAAGAAGAUCAACCUUUCGGUGUCCACCAAACCAGCCGGUGAAACGCGCCUCGGAUCGGCCUCCAUGUUCCAGGGUUGGGGCAAAACCAUCAACGUGUUUGCCUCGCUCAACACGGAAGACUCGUCGGCGUCGUCCGCAGGCGGUGGUGCAGGAGGAGCACCACCCCCACCACCGAGCUUCUUCGGUGCAUCCGGCCCGAUGGGCGGCGGUACCUCUAGCGGCACUGGCAACAAAUCCAACAAGAAGGGUGGUGGUGGAGGUGGUGGCGGUGGUGGUGGCAGUGGAAACAAUUCCAGAAAACAUUACCAGGGCCGUAACAGUAGCAAUUUCUGAUAAGGAUAUAUAGCGCGCGCCCCAUCGCCGGUGCCGACACAACCAUCCCGCAGACAGGACCAGACCAGUUGCGCACUAUUUGAACGCUGAGGUUUGAAGAAGAAGAAGAAAAAACCGUCGACCGGAACUGCAACAACAGCGCUGGGCGCAGCAGGAUUAUUGUAAUAUGGCGGGCGGAAAGUUAGGCUGAAGAACAUUGGCAUGAAAGUGGGAUUCAUUUUUUGUUUGUUGGUUUUCGACAAGGACGACCUUUCCCUUACUGCUGCCCGUGUGUCCUAAAUCGCGGGGGUUUUGUUUUUUGAUCUAAUAUUUGAUAUAAAUUGGUGUGUUUGUGGUUCACAAAUGCCGCCGAGAGGACAAGGACAGAGACAGGAAAUCCUUUGGCCAUGUUUGUGUAUAGAGACAACAGUUUCAACAAACUCCUCUCUCGCCGUGUACAACAAGCCAGAACGUGUUUAUACAUACAUAUACAUACAUAUAGGUAGGCAUACAUUUUAUGAUGAAAGCAUUCAAAAUUCAAAUCAGUGUGCGUUUGUGUGCUGUACUGGGGUAACAACAAUAGUGGGAAAAGAGGGACAGAUUUGAUCGCGCACACACACGCACACACACCACCACAAUAUUAUCUGCACAUCAACAUUUUGUCCAAAUUACAGCCCAACUGGUUCAUCCCAUUGCUCGGAAUCUACCGACUUGGCGGGAAGAAGUUUAAAUGCUAAGAAAACAAGUCAUCUAACACGGGGUGUAGAAUGCAGCAAACAGCUAACCUUAUUAAUUAUAAAAAAAACACCGAGGGAAAGAAGCAAGUGAGAGUAAAGUAAAACACUUCCACAACAACAGGCAGGGGAUGAGAAGGAAAUCGCUUCGAUAAAGAGAGAGAAAGAGAUAUAUACUCGAUAAAAUGAAACUCCCCUGCUCGUUACUGCUAAUACAUUGUAUACAUAGUUCAUUAGUUAGGACAAACAAAAAAAACCCCGAUUUGCAAAUUGUGAGUGAGGCGUUAGAUUUUAAGAUUCCCCCCUCCCCAGGUUAUAAGCCAAAACCAGCAGCAGCAGUGCGCCUCCGUAACUGCGCUUCCGUCACUACAGUUUUUCCGUGCAACAUUUUCAGCCACUCGACUCGACAAGAGGUGUUUAAGCGAUAAGGCAUAUGAAAAGGAAUAACCCCCGAACGCGUAUAUUAGCGAGUGGUGGUAGUGAACCGUGUAAAGAAGGCAAGGAUUCAUGCGCACCGGUGUGCUUCUUCUCUUCCUCCUCACGCCUCAAAAUCACAACCGGGAUUAGCAGCAAUGCAAGAGCAAUGGAGUAGAAAGAGGGAGCAGUAGGGAGACAUUUCAAAUCAUGCAGCAGCAGCGAUGCAAUUGAAUAAAUAAUGUGUAGUCAACGAGUGUAUUUGGAUAUUGCGCGCCGCGCUUAUAAAAUGGAAAGUACUCUCACUAUAAGUAAAUACGUUUCUUUUUAAAUAUUAUAAUCGAAACAAAAUAAUCCUACGACAGAAACUGGAUGGAGAUGGGGAAUAAGAGGGUAGAGAAGAAGAGGCACGGCUAGAGAAAGCGGAAGGAGGAACUCACUCCUCUCUCUCUCUCUCUCUCUGUGUGGAGAGCAUAGGUUAUCUCUCGUAAGGUUACAUUAGAUGUUAAUUAGGGUUUUUAAAAAAUUAAACGAAUUCGAUGAUCUUUGGGUGGGAAGGCACACGACACACACACACACAAUCUAAUCCACUCAUAUCGGACAGAGCGAGCCCGCCAGCAAGUGGAAGGUCCGGUUAGGUCCUUCAGGACCGUGGCGAUAACGGGGCCACACACCGGCAGGCAGGAUCGGGGUUCAAAUCCCAUCCAGAGACUUACUAUCCAGAUACGGGUAAAAUGAAGUCACAAGCAGGCCAGAAAUGUGGCAGGGCCACCGCGGACACCUUUUCCAGGUUGAAGAUGCCGUGUACUAAUCUUCCAAAUAGCAGCAGCAAACAACUACUUAACUAAAUUCUCGUCUCGCGAUUGCGUGAUUUAGAGACCAUUAAAAAAAGGGCGUAAAACAGGCAAUUUUUAAGCAAUAGACAUCGUCGAAUGCAUCGAGGCCGGUAAUUUAGCUGCACUUGUAAGCUACAAGUCUAAGCUUGGCAGGAAGAAAAACCACCACCAACACUCCCGGAAUCCAGACAAGAGUGGUAGUACAUUGAGCUCUCGCUGGUCUGGAGGUGUAAAACAGGGGGAGAGAAACAUUAGCUGAUUUUUACUAGUUUUUUAACAAGGCGUAUUAACAAAAAAACCACACACACAAUGGCAAGCUUCGUUGGCGCGGUAAAUGUGCGGCCAACGCGCUACUAAGCACAUGGUGCUGAGACUAUUGCUACCUAUCUAUUAUUCAUUAUUACCACACACCAUCUAUUAUACAUGGGUAGCUCCUACUUUCGCUACGGUGGCCGUUAGAUAUUGGAUACACGUCGGAAAUACACAUUAAAUGUAUAUGUAUAUCCUUCUUUCUAUUGUUCUAUUGUUCCGUUUUUUUUUGUUUCUCUCCCGCUCCCGUUUCCUUCCUUCGUUUAAUUAGUGUAUGUAUAGAAACAAAAAACGAUGUAAAACGUACGACAAUGUAAAUAAAAGGGGGCAGCCUCAAUUUGUAACACAGCAAA